CUGGGAUCCCCAGACACCAGUACCUGGAGAUUCCUCUGGCACCUGUGGGCAGCCUCCACUCCCAGAGACGAUGGGGAAAACGGGCUUCUCCCUGAUCCUCGCCUUGGGUCUUGUGACCCUCAGCACCUCUUCAGAGAGAAAGUGCCUCCUGUCUGGAGCCUGGCAGAAUGACCUGGGCUCUAACAUGACCAUCUCUGCCGUGAACGAGGCCGGGCAGUUCUCUGGGUCGUACCUCACAGCGGUGUCAGCCACAGGAAAGCCGAUCCGUGUGUCACCCAUAAAUGGAUCCCAGCACGUCGACAACCUGGAGCAGCCGACCUUCGGGUUCACCGUUAAGUGGAGCUUCUCAGACUCAACGACCGUCUUUGUGGGCCAGUGCUUCGUGGAUGAUCACGGGGAGGAAACUCUGCAGACCAUGUGGCUGCUGCGACAGAAGGCCAAAUCUGCAGAGGAUAACUGGAGUGCAACCAUGGUCGGCACAAACGUUUUCACCCGGAUCAAGGGGCAGAACGUGGGUGAAUCCAUGAGGAGUGACCAGGAACCAGUGAUCCCAGCAGCAGCGUAACCCCACUCUGCAGCCCCAGAGCUCCUGGCGCCCCCCAGAAUUGUUCAGGGCUCUUUCGAGAGCGUCUCGCCUGGUGUCAGGGCUGUUUGCUGAGCUGCAGAGGCGCCGUCUCUGUCUCCAUCUCCACUCGCUCUCCGGUCCCGUCCCCCCCGAGAAUCACUGCCUGUGGCCCCCACCCUGCAGUUUAGUUCCUUUCCCAGUAAAGUUCUAGCGUGGGAGACGCUCUCUUCCUUUCUGCUUCUCCUUUAUCUCCAGGUCUUUCCGUUCCAAUAGUCUCGGGUGCUCUCUCUCCUUUUCUGCAACCUGCAGCCUAACUUUGCAAUGGCUUCACUGCUGUCAAUCAUUUUCCUGCUUUUCUGUCCCUACUUCCCUUUCCCAAAAUGAGCAAUCGGAAAAUAACAAUCUCCUCCUGACCGUCCUUUAAAUCUUUACACUGGUGUACGAAGUGCAAAUCUUGCUCAUACAACAAGCAGCGUAUUUCACCCUGCUCGCUGCGCCUCUGUGACAGGGUCUGCGGGUCCACUGGGCCCCCUGAACUCUCUCUCACCUGGGCUCUCUCACAAGGCCUUGCUAGUGACCAGCAGCAAACCCCUCCAGGCACUGUGAUCACUCAGCACCACCGCGUGUGGAGCCCCACACCCAGCUCUGUCGCGUGAAUGCUCCCAGAGCCGCUCAUGAAUCACCCAGAGAAAGGCACGAGAACCAAGAACUUUGCCAUCACUGUAUGUAAUUGAUUCCGUUUAAACAAUUCUAGCUCUCAUCUCUGUUUAUUUCUUUUUAUGAAUAAACCUUUAGAUUUUA